ACCGUCACUGAGGUCUUCAACUUCUGCUGGAUCCUGUUCAUAUAUGCUAAAGGAAACUUCCCAAUGAUCAGUGCUGAUCUGGUGAACUCGUAUCAUCUGCUCCUGUGCGCUCUGGAUCUGGUUUACUGCAACGCUCUCCUGUGCUCUAGUCAUAAAGAUCUGCUCAACCCGGCUUUUAAAGGGCUGCCUGAGGACUUCAACAGUAAAGAUUAUAAGCCCGGCCCAGGUUCAUUAUGUUUCAUAGAGAAGCUGUGUGAGCUUCACGAUGGGCUGGUGCUGGAGGCCAAAGGAGCAAAGGAGCAUUUCUGGAAACCCUUCAUUAAGAAACUCUUUGAGCGCAAGGUUUUGAAGGGGAAAGAAGACACGCUGACAGGGUUUUUGGAGCCAAUAAAUUUCGGUGACAGUCUUGCUUCUCUGAACCGUGUGUAUGAGAAACACGUGCUGUCAUCCGGUUCUCUGGAUGAGAGGAUAUUUCUGGGAGAAGCGGCCAGAGAAGACAUUGGCACCCCAGGACCUUGUUUGUGUGAAGGGAUAGAGAACCAGGAACGACUGACCAACCCCCUCCAGAACUCAAUGACAGCAUCUACUCUGAAAGUGUCCACUCCUUUGACAGGAAGUCAAGACAGACAGGUAUGUGCCGGAAAACAGUGUGGGUACCCCCGUUUCCAUGGCAAUGCAGAGCGUGGGCUGUCUGCACACUCUGCUGACAGGAUUCAAAUACAGACCCAGCAUGGGACUCAGAGACAUAUUCAGAUAAUGCCUCCUCAACACCUGGAGGACAGUUCAGGAAGCAGCACACACACUCCCAACAAGAGUGAGUUCAGCAGUAAUAUCACAGGAGCAGGAAAAGGUGUUUCUCCAUCCCCUACAUCUCGCCAUGACCGCUACAGCUCGCCCCCUACUGGCACGGCCUGUCGCCGCCUCUUUGUCGAUGGAAAUUCAACCCCUGAGCCUGCUCAACCUGUCAAAGUGGCCCAGCCAUCUCUGGUCAGCCCCAUCCCAGCUGGACAGACUGUGGUCACCAUGGCAACAGCUACUGUCACAGCAAACAAUGGCCAGACGGUCACCAUACCUGUUCAAGGAAUAGCAAAUGAGAGCAGUGGCAUCACAUUCAUCCCGGUGCAGGUGAGCGUGAUGGGUCAGAGUGGGAGGGCUCUACCAACGCUCAGUGCCCAGACUCUGACGGGCACCUUGACCGCCCAGCAGCUGACGGCAAUGCCCACAGGCACAGUGCAGAACAGCCCAAGCCCUGCCAAACAGGACAGGAAGAACCCUCAGCAGGGAACACCCACUAAACGAGCACAGAAGACCGGCUCCCUCUGCCUGUUCUUCCGCAAGGUAUAUCACCUUGCUAGUGUACGUCUCAGAGACUUAUGUGCUAAAUUGGACAUCAGCGCAGAUCUGCGCAGGAAAAUCUGGACAUGUUUUGAGUAUUCGCUAGUGCACUGCACCGAUCUCAUGGUGGACCGACAUCUGGACCAGCUCCUCAUGUGUGCCAUCUACGUCAUGACUAAGGUAUUUAACCUUUUAGGGGCUGACAUACCACCAGCCAGCGGUGAGAGCAGUCCUGUGUCCAUGCGCUCCAGCAGCACUCUGCCCAUUCCCCAGCCCAGCAGUGCCCCAUCCACCCCAACCCGGGCCCCUGGGGGCCCCCAAGAGCAGGAGGAGGAGAGGGCAGACCUCAUCCGUUUCUACAACCACGUCUACAUCAAACAGAUCAAACGGUUCGCUCUGCGUUACUCCAGCAACUCGCCAAAAAACGGGGCUGAAGCUCCUCCCCUCUGUCCGUAUCCGUCACUCCGCAUUGGCUCUCCACGCCGGGUGCUCCUGUCCCACAAUCACUCCAUCUACAUCUCUCCACACAAGACUAGCAGCCCAAUUUCUCCUCGAGACAAGAUCUUCUACUACGUCAGCUCCAGCCCAUCCAACAGGCUGCGAGAGAUUAACCGCAUGAUCCGAACGGGCGAGACGCCCACCGAGAAGCGAAGUAUCGCCCUGGAGGAAGAGCAGCAGUCUCCCGCCAAAAGGCUCUGCCAGGAGAAUCAGACGGCUCUGCUCAGACGCCUGCAGGAUGUGGCCAACGACCGAAGCUCCUCCCACUGAUGAGUCCACAACAUCAACACCCGUAAAGACACAAGUCGCCCGAAAUGUCAGUGUUUUGGAUUGACUACCGCAUUUAAUUAAAGAAGUGAGUCUCGAAAUGUCCUGUCCACACAGCGGCUUAGAUAGAGGCUUGAAUACUUGAGUAAUCAUGUCUGAAUGUGCAACUACAGUCAAGCCUGUAUUCUAGAGAGCACAACAGUCGGGUUCGGGAAGCAAAAAUGCCAUUCAUGUUCUCCAUAGGGAAACUGCAUUUUAACAAUAACUUUAAAGAGAGAUCUACUUAACGCUCAGAUGUUGUUAAUUGAUGGUAUAUGCUUUUGUUGAAGCCAUCAGUUUGCAUUAUUUCAACUUAUGUUUUAUAUAAUCAUGCUUAACGGUGGAAUCCCUGGUGAAAAAACUACAUUACCCAUGAUACUGUACAGAAAAUUCCACCAAUCAAAGCAAA